AUGGGCAUGCCUUCCAAUUCAGAACCGAAAAUGAUUGUUUAUGACGAGGAAGCCCUCCAGCGACGGAAUCUUGAAGAAGAGGUCAACAAUGAAUUUGCCGGAAUGAAAAGAGUCAAUUCCAACGACAAUCUUCGAAUAAAGGCCGCUGCGCAUCAUGUGGGAUUACCUGAACCUCCCAAAAGUGGAUCAUAUCGACCUCCGAUGAAGAUUCACGACCUUCAAAAACACAAGAAACAACCUCCACGACUGUUGCACCCAAUUUUGCAUCGCAUACCAUUGCAUGUACGGUUUGGAUUGAACGGCUUUAUUUCGAAUGUACUGUUUAUGGUGGCGUACAAUGAAGCAGUGGUUCGAUUCAGUGAGAUGGCUCCGUCAUCAACAAUCUACUCGAUUACAUAUCUUUUCUUCAUACCGGUGUCACACGCCUUCCUUUCAAUACUUGUAUUUGGAUGGCCAGAGAGAUAUUUGCCAUCAUUACUGAGCAAUACUCCCAUUGGUGUGACCGCAAUCAUACUUGGAGCCGUGCUGACCGAGUACCUUGAUGAAAACGAUUUCAACAAGCUCGCAGAUGACAUCGUAGCUAAAAACUGGAAGUACCUAGGAUACGAGGUGGCGGCCGUGUCUGAAAAAGGCAAGGGAGAGUUCUAUUCUUCGCUUCUAGUGCUGUUUGUCACUGGUAUUUGGACAUACUUCCUUUCCGUUUUCGUCAAUUCAUCGGUGGAAACAACUCACAAAAAGGAGUUAUAG